CGUAUGCAGAUUUUAGAUUGUGAGGGAUGGGAUCAUGGGAGUUUUACUUUUUUACCCUCUAUCUCAAACAUUCCCUUCUGGGUUGAGGCUGGACCGCCAAAAAUAGCUGUUGAAGAAUCGACCGCAGAAGGGUAACUGCACAGCCACCAACCAAUAAAAGACUCCCAAAGCGGGGCAUUAUCAACCUCGGACCCGGAUUCUCCGGUACUCGAAGAUCCUGUCCUUACACGUUUCCGCAUCUCCCCCGCUCGCACCCAUUCUACGGUUCCUAUGCCUGCUAUUUAUACACUCUCUCUCCCUUUCUCCCGCCUUUCUUUUUCCCAAUCAAAAUUCAUCCUCUCUCUCUCUCUCUCUCUCUCUCUUGUUUUUUCUCUCUUUCUUCUCCGUUUCUCCGCCAUUAACUGCUUCGAGCGCUUGUUUGAUCGAAUUUUUUUCGUAUAUCUAAUCGGGUACUACCGUUUUGUUUCUUUCAUGAGAGAACGAUUGCUACGAUGAGGGACCCUAUGCUCGCGGAGGCCAACAGCAUACCGAGACCCAGGUAUGGGGGAAACAUUAUGCAUUCUGAUCCCAACCUCUCGGCCACCAUCAACAAAGACGACGACUUCGCCACCCGUAACAGCAGCGCCUCCAUCGCCAGCCCUUCCUUCUACGACCACACCCGGAUGAGCGCCGACGGCUGCUCCCCCAUGACCAUGUCCCCUUGGAACCAAACCAGCACCUACAAUAACAAGGGCCCCUGGCCUCGCUUCGAAGACACCGUCCCUCAGACUGGUUUGAUUGGAUCCCUUAUCCGCGAGGAAGGCCACAUCUACUCCCUUGCCGCCUCCGGCGACCUCUUGUACACCGGCUCCGACAGCAAGAACAUUCGCGUCUGGAAGAAUCUCAAGGAAUUCUCCGGAUUCAAAUCCAAUAGCGGUUUGGUAAAGGCAAUCGUCAUUUCAGGGGAGAAAAUCUUCACCGGCCACCAAGACGGUAAGAUCCGAGUCUGGAAGAUCUCGCCGAAGACCCCCGGCGUUCACAAGCGCUCCGGGACACUGCCGACUCUGAAGGACAUAUUCAAAUGUUCAAUCAAACCGAGCAAUUACGUUGAGGUGAGGCGCCACCGCAGUGCCCUGUGGAUCAAGCACUCCGACGCCGUCUCCUGCAUGAGCCUCAACGAAGAUCAAGGCCUUCUCUACACCGCCUCCUGGGACAGAACCCUAAAAGUGUGGAGAAUCUCCGAUUCGAAGUGCCUCGAAUCAAUCAACGCCCACGACGACGCAGUGAACUCCGUCGUGGCCAGCACCGAGGGCCUGGUAUUCACCGGCUCCGCCGAUGGGUCUGUGAAGGUAUGGCGGAGGGAGCUGCGCGGAAAAGGCACGAAACACGCUUUAAUACAGCCGCUGCUGAAACAGGAGUGCGCGGUGACGGCGUUGGCUGUGAACGCGCCGGGAUCAAUCGUCUACUGUGGAUCGUCGGACGGGCUGGUGAAUUUUUGGGAACGUGAGAAGCACUUCGCGCACGGUGGCGUCCUCAAGGGGCACAAGAUGGCGGUGCUCUGCCUGGCUGCCGCAGGGAACUUGGUGUUCAGCGGAUCGGCGGACAAAACGAUAUGCGUGUGGCGGAGGGAAGGAUCUGUGCACACGUGUUUAUCGGUGCUGACGGGGCACACGGGCCCAGUGAAGUGUCUGGCAGCGGAGGCGGACAACCAGUCCAAGGGUGGGGAGGAGCAGCGCUGGAUCGUGUACAGCGGCAGCCUAGAUAAGUCAGUGAAGGUGUGGAGCGUGUCGGGGCUGGCGCCGGAUCUGCAACAGAUGGCCAUGAUGCAGCAGCCGACGGCACCUGCUGCGGCGCCGGAUGGGGAGGCGUCGUGGGAAUCGUUUCACUCUGACCGGAGCUCCUCGUCUCCGGGGCGGAGCAGCCAAAAUAGGAGGCAGUAAUAUGGAGAGGAGGAGGAGGGGAAAAAUGUCGGGUGGGGCGGAGACUCUCGCGGGUGGGAUUCUGAUGAAACUCCGGAGUGUAGGUAGCACGCGUGCUGAAAAUUAGAAUUUUAUAAUUGAAAAUUUUGGGGCACGUGUAAAGCUCAUGGUUUUUAUUUUAAGGGGAAGGUGGGUUUGUGGGUGGCUGAGUCGAGUGUGCGCGUGCGCGGCGCGAGAUGGGAAUGGGAAGGGAUUAUUUGUUUAUCGUAUUCGUCAGUUGUGCUAGUCAAAUCCAAUUUCGAUUAUUGGGGAAAAAGGGAAUUUUUCUCACUUACAAAUGAAAUGCCCAUGACACAUUUUCAAUGUAAUCAAUAUUCAUAUUUCAUUCUGUGCA